GGUUGACGUUUCACGUGUUUUUUUUUUGUUUACAAUUUUUUAUUAAAAAGUGAAGAUGUUCGAAGUACCGCCUUGGGAGGCAGGAGCCGAAAUCAUUGAAUUUAAGCCUGUGAAUGCAUCAGGAAAUGCAGUUGCCGGCGCCAAGAAGCAAAAGAAAAAGAAACCUAAGAAGAAAAAGGCAGCAGCUGAGGAAGCAAAUCCAAAAGUGAACAAGACACCGGGAAACUUCAGCUAUCGGCAGGGCGGAGGACCUCUGGCUCCGCCUCCCGAAUCCUCUGAUGAUGAUGACGACGAGGACGAUGGAAUCCGGGCUAUGCGCAAGGUCAAAGCCGGAAGAAUCGAGAAGCAGCGACCACCAGCGCAGGCCACAAAAGGUGGCAAAAAGGAACUGAAACUAAAACCGGAACUGGCGCAGGCAGCGGUGGAGGCCAUGGAGGCCACCAGCUCGACAACACCGGCAGCCAAUUCACUGGCCAGUAAACUGCAAUCGGAACUUCUGGGCGGACGUUUCCGGUACAUUAAUGAACAACUAUACUCGGUUCCGAGUCGCAAGGCGGAGGCUCUUUUCCGCCAAGAUAGCUCCGCUUUCGAGGCUUACCAUGCUGGCUAUCGCCAGCAGGUGGAGAAGUGGCCCACCAAUCCGCUUAACCGCAUCAUCAAGACCAUCAAGAAGGUGCCCAAAACAGCCAUUAUCGGCGACUUCGGCUGUGGAGAAGGAAAACUGGCGCAGUCCGUGCCUAACAAGGUUUACUCAAUGGAUUUGGUGGCUGCUCGUAGUGACAUCAUUGCCUGCAACAUCACCAAUACCCCGCUGCAAGCUCAAUCUCUGGAUGUGGCCGUCUACUGCCUCUCUCUUAUGGGCACCGAUCUGAACGAAUUCUUCCUGGAGGCAAAUCGAGUGCUCAAACUGCACGGCAAUGUCUACAUAGCCGAAAUCCAGUCGCGUUUCGAGGAUGUCCGCGAGUUUGUGCGCUGCUUGAGUGCCUGUGGAUUUGAUCUGGUCAAGAAGGAUGUGGCUGUUAACUAUUUUUACUUCUUCCAGUUCAAGAAAAUGCGCCACGUGCCCAAGACCACCAAGCUGAAGGCUUUCUCCUUAAAGCCUUGCCUGUAUCGAAAACGUUAAAUACUAUGUCCUGUUUCAGUUGACAUACCAAACUUCUAAAAAUUCAUUUUUGGAAAUACGGCUUUUACUUGGAAUCUGAGACGGAGGCUGCCCUUAUAGAUAGUCAUUUUUAUACAUUAAAUAAAUGUAGAACACACCGCAUAAUAACGAAAAUUAUAACUAAGUCGUUUAAA